UUCAGCUGCAGGACAAUGCUGGUGUUUGUGCAGCGGCCCCUGAGUGGCGGCUGGUUUUCUCUCGUUGCUCUCGCUUGACUACCAGUUGCUGCGCUGAAAGGAAAGCAGACAUCUUCAUCCUGAUGAACUGACAGAGGAAAGAAAGUGCAGUUAAAUGACAGCGACAAACCUUUCAUCGCAGCUCUGCCCUCCUUCCCAGCUGACAGAUUAGAGACACUAAAGAUACUGAAGUUUGACAGGAUUUGCAACUGAAGUCGUAUGAAUGAGUUUCAGAAAGCAUAAAAACCUGACGGUACAAACCUGCAGACAGAGAGAAGGACGUCUGAAGUCGUGGCUUUUCUGCACCUCAAACCAAAUUCAGCUUCCAGCUGUGGAGCGCACAAAGGAGGCCGUCCACCCAGACUGCAUUUCUCAGCUAAAUAAAUCAUCUGGUUCGGGAUUGUAGCAGGUGAGAGCUGAAGAAACACCUGGAGGACGACAGGAGGAGCGUUGGAGGAAGGCAAAGAGCCCCGAAAACACCAACAUGGGAGACAAGAAGGUCAGUCUCCCUGCUAAGCUGAUCAACGGGGGCGUGGCGGGCCUGGUUGGUGUCACAUGUGUGUUUCCUGUUGACCUGGCGAAGACCCGCCUCCAGAACCAGCAGGGCGUCCAGGUCUACCAGGGAAUGUUUGACUGUCUGGCAAAGACGGUGCGAGCCGAGGGCUAUUUCGGAUGCUACCGAGGAGCAGCCGUAAACCUCACGCUCGUUACGCCAGAAAAAGCCAUCAAACUGGCCGCCAACGACGUCUUCAGACAAAAACUUUCAAAGGACGGGCAUUUGCCCCUGUGGGGGGAGGUCCUGGCGGGGUGCGGGGCAGGGACCUGCCAGGUGGUCGUCACCACUCCCAUGGAGAUGCUGAAGAUCCAGCUGCAGGACGCAGGACGGCUGGCCGCACAGCGACCCGUGGCGGCUCCGACCCAGGCGGCGGCGGCUCCCGGUCCGGCGCCGUCGCUCGUGGCCCCGGCGGUGCGGCGGCCCUCGGCGACCGGCAUCACGGCGGAUCUGCUGAAGACCCGUGGCCUGGCCGGCCUGUACCGGGGCGCAGGCGCGACCCUGAUGAGGGAUGUACCUUUCUCCAUGAUCUAUUUCCCUCUGUUUGCCAACCUCAACGCUCUGGGCCGGGAGGGCAGCGAGGGCCAGGCGGAUGUUCAGGCCCAGGCGCCGUUCUGGCAGUCCUUCGUGGCCGGCUGCUCCGCCGGCUCGGUGGCAGCAGUGGCCGUCACGCCGCUGGACGUGAUAAAGACUCGCCUGCAGACUCUGCAAAAAGGCGACGGUGAAGAUUCGUACAGAGGAAUUGUUGAUUGCACAAGACGCAUCAUGAGGCGGGAAGGACCGUCGGCGUUCCUGAAGGGCGCGGCAUGCCGGGCUCUAGUCAUCGCUCCCCUCUUCGGCAUCGCGCAGGGCGUCUACUUCCUGGGGGUCGGGGAGGCGGUUCUGGGUUUACUGGGAUAGCGGUGACUGGCGGCGGUGAAGAGGAACACGAAGGAGAAUCCCAGCUUCAUUCUCCAGAAAAAUGGAGUUUCUCUGGUUUCACCGCCUGGCAGUGAGGUUCUGAUGGGUCAACAAGGUCCGGAGUAACUAACCCGAGUCCAGGUGUUCCCUUCACCUGAAGGACGUUUCUCCCGCUGGCUGUAAAGAAAGAACUGCUGGAUAUUUUUACAGCUGCUAAACUAAAAUGCCUGACAGUGAGUGUGACCCAUUUAUUUUCUAUCUGCUUAAAGCAGCAGCUCCGUUACGCAGUCCUCCCACUCCUUCCUGUAGGUCACAGUUGUAAUCUGGUCUUCUGCUGGACUGGGAGCCAACCUCUAUAAGGUCAUUUGUUAAUCUGAUGGUAAUUCCUUUAAUCCCUGUAAUAGCGUACAUUUCAAUUUACAACACAGCUCACUUCCUGCUAAAAGGCCACAGGUUAGACUGCAGGACAAAACGCAGCAGCCGUUUUUCACUUUCACUUCAAAUAAGAACAAUAAUAAAGAUAAAUUUCCCUCCUUAUUUAUGGUUUGCUUCAAAUAAUGUGCGCACAACAACAAAGGACAAUGCAAUCAACGCCUUAUCGAUCCUCUUAGUGUUAAAGUUUAUGUCUUGUAACAUGUUAAAGGAUUUUGUUUUUAAAGUGGGAUUCUGUACAGAAGAUACAGAAAGUCAGUAUCUGAGCUUCAGACCUUGAAGCUAAAAGCUAAUCUGUGGAGUCGCAGUAAUUUAUGCCGUGAUGAAACAUUUCCAACAUCAGAGCAGUUCUCUAAACCUUCACCGAGCCAGACGACUGCUGCCAAAACGUUUAUUAAACUAUUCAAACUUUUUUAUUUCUCACCAACAUUAAAUAUGGAGAUUUUUUGUUUUAGAUCAGUCAGGAUCACCAACAUUAUUUCUUUUUGCUAAAUGUCAGAAUAAGGAUAUAAAUCUAUCACUUUAACAAAUAAAACUACUUGAUUUGGAAUGGAAACAGAGCUGCUGUCGUCAUCCACUUCAAAAUAAGAGCAUGAAUAUAAACAUUACUCACAUGAAAAAAUUGUUCUGCACAAUAGGGGAUCAGCAGAAGUCUGACCGCCACGCAGCAGUCAGUAACCAAACUGCAGCACAUCAAACGUCACAUAACUGUACAAACAGCCACGUAUUUUAUCAAGAAAAGUUCAUUCAAGUGACAUCAAGUACAUAAAAUCUUUUCAAAGUUAGCAAAAGCACUAACCCAAAAAACGAUCUUUGUCCAGUUCUGAGAAGUCAAUUCACUAUGUUUCAGUUUAAAUGAAGGAAAACCUGAAGAGGCCCUUUGAGGCAGCAGCUCAGACGCUUCCUGGUUAGAUAUCAAAAGAAAUCAGGAAAAAUGUCAGGAACAGAAAAUUGUGUUUCCACAUAUCUGGUUCAUUGUUGGUUCAACUUCCUGGUGCACGAAGUUUCUCCUGUUCAAACAAGAUUAAUCAGCAAAGCAAUUGGAUGGCAAAUAUUAAAAAUAUGCCUCGUUUUUCUGUCAUUUAACAAAUAAAAUGUCAUUUUGUUGAUAAUAGACAGAAAACAGGGAACAUUUACACAGAUUUAGUGUCUUUUACAUGAGUACCUGCUUUUUACUGCAACACAAACAUGACAACCUGAAAUAACUCCAUUCCAUCAAAGUGAAGAUACUGACUGCUUGUAACAUCUCAACAAAACCCCACUUUAAAAUUACCCCAGUAGCUGGAAGUGGUAAUAUUUUGCUAGAAUUCAAAUUUAGACAGGACAGUUUUAAAUAUUAGACAGAAGCAGUUUAGUAAGGCGCCUCGUCUUACCAACCGCCAAUACUUAAAGCCACCAGGUGGCGCCACCUGGUGGCGCCAACAGGUGGCGCCAACAGCUUGUUUUGUUUUUGCAUUGUAAUACCAGACAGACGUGUUUCCAUAGCAACUACCUUUGUCCUGUUCUGUAGAGAAAACUGUUUACACACUGUAAAUAAAGAGAUCUCCAACAUGUUAAA